AUGGCCUCCCACCUCGACACCGAAGCCGGCACCGAGCGCUUCGCCGACUACGAGGCCGAGCUCAAGCUCGUGCAGGCCGACCUCGCGCAGAAGCUCGACCAGAUCCCCGAGCUCAGCGGCGAGCCGCGCAAGGCCGCCAUCUCGGCCGCCGAACGCGCCGUCGAAGAGGCCGACGAGCUCCUCGGCCAGCUGCGCCUCGAAAAGGCCAACAUACCCUCACCGCACCGCGCCAAGACGAACGCCCGGUUCCGCAACCACGAGUCGGACGUCGACGCCGCGCGCCGCCGCCUGCGCGCCCUCUCCGACGAACGCGCCGCCCUCUUCGGCGCCCGCUACACCGACGACCCCGCAGGCCCCGGCGGCGGGCCCUCGGACCGCAACCUCGCCCAGCGCCAGCAGCUCCUCAGCGGCUCCGACCGCCUCGACCGCUCCACCCAGCGCCUCAAGAACAGCCAGGCCCUCGCCAACGAGACCGAGGGCCAUUGGCGCCAGCACCCUCGCCGACCUCCACCGCCAGCGCGAGACCAUCCAGCACACCCACGAGACGCUGCUGCAGAGCGAGGGCUAUGUCGACCGCAGUGUCAAGACGUUGCGCGGCAUGGCGCGAUGGCUACAAAUCGGGUGAUCACCAUUGCCAUCAUCACCAUUCUCGUCCUUCUCAUCGUUGCUGUCAUUUUCAGCAAGUUCAGGUAG